AUGCAAUCAAACCAAAAUACAAACAAUAAUAGAACUGCAAGAGGUGGCCGCAAUAUUCACAUUGCUCACCGUAGGUCUCCUUCAGAACUUACGCCUCUUAUGGUCGAACAAUUGGCUCUUCAACAACAAAUUGAAAUGCUUCAAGCUCAUCAACAACAAAUGCUUGCACAACAUCAACAAUUCGCUCAAGCCGGACUCUUACCUCCUCCUCAACCAGGACUUUUACCUCCUCAACCUCCUCCAUUAAUGGCUCAUCACCAUCCUUACCUUCCUGUCCCAGCGCCACCCCCACAGUCAUAUUACCAACAGCAUCAACAACAAUCACAAUCACAAUCACAACAACUACAAAUACAACCUCCUCAAUCCCCUUCUGGCCCAAGCUCAAUGGGUUCUACCUUAAAUUCUUCUCCUUCCCAUCGUAGAGCUCAAUCCUCUACAAACUACCACCAUUCUUCUUCUUCUCCUUCUUCUUCUUCUUCUCUAGGACCUCCCCUUGGCUCAAAUGGUGAAUCCUCCUCUCCCUCCUCCUCCUCAAAUACAAGACAAUCCAAUCAUGCUCACUCAAACAGUGGCUCGGGACAUAACCGACGCCACUCACUCGCUCUAUCUGAAGCUAAAAAGGCUGCCGCUGAAGCCCAAGCUAAACGUUCCGCAUCUCCUUCCGAAAAUACUGCUGCUGGACCUUCUUCUCCUCUUCGUGAUUCUUCUUCUUCUUCUUCCUCUUCCUCCUCCACUACUGCUACCUCUGCAAAUACCUCCUCUCCUCCUCAAAUCCCUUCAUUUAAAUUCCCAAAUACCCCAGAAAAGGAUUCUUCUUCUUCUUCUCCUUCAAUUUCUCCUCAGAAAUCUCACGCUCGUUCUCAAAGUCUUCAAUUCCAAAAUAGAUCCUCCCACUACCGCGGAAAUUCUCAACAACUUCCCUUUCAAUUCCCCGCAAAUGGAUCUCCUGAAUCUUCCCUAGAUUAUAAUAAUAAUAAUAAUAAUAAUAAUAACCGCCGUAAUCACAAUAACCAUAAUCGCUCAAAUUCUCGCAACUUUGAAGCAAACUGGCGCCAACCUUUACCUCAGCAGCAGCAACAGCAGCAGCAACAGCAGCAGCAACAACAACAAAAUGACUUUCUUAGCCCUUCUUCUCCUAGUCAAUUCACCCCAGGUCAUCGUUCAGGUCGCUCUUUUAACAAUAAUUCAAUUUCUUCUAUCCAAGCAUUUGCCCUUUACCCACCUUCAAAUAUGCAACCCCAAGGUGGCAAUAAUAAUAACCAGGGUUCUCAACAACAGCAACAACGAAAAUCUCUCUUUGCUCCUUACCUCCCACAAGCUUCCCUUCCUGGUCUUUUGGCCGAAGGCCGUCUAGUCUCUGGUAUUUUAAGAGUUAAUAAGAAAAAUAGAUCUGACGCCUAUGUCUCCACUGAUGGCCUCCUAGAUGCUGAUAUCUUUAUUUGUGGCUCAAAAGAUCGUAACCGUGCUCUCGAAGGUGAUCUUGUUGCCGUCGAACUUCUUGAGGUGGAUGAAGUCUGGGGGUCUAAAAAGGAAAAGGAAGAAAAGAAAAAACGCAAGGAUGCUGCUGUUUCUGAAGAUGGAAACUCCAAGGAUGACUUUACUUCAUCCUCCAACACUACAACCUCCAAUACCUCAAACUCAACUGGACUUCGUCGCCGUGGCUCCCUCAAACAAAGACCUACCCAAAAGAAAAAUGACGACGUGGAAGUUGAGGGCCAAAGCUUAUUGCUUGUUGAAGAAGAGGCUCUCAGCGAUGAAAUCAAACCUUUAUAUGCUGGUCAUAUUGUCGCCGUCAUUGACAGAUUCCCCGGCCAAAUGUUUAGCGGCACUCUUGGACUCCUCCGACCUUCUUCUCAAGCCACAAAGGACAAGCAAGAUGCCGAGCGUAAAGAACGUGGUAAUAAUAAUAAUAAUAACCACUAUGAAAAUAACCACCAUCACCAUGUCAAUAAACCUAAAAUUGUCUGGUUUAAACCUACCGACAAGAGAGUCCCUCUCAUUGCCAUUCCUACAGAACAGGCUCCAAAAGACUUUGUGGAAAAUCAUGAAAAUUAUUCAGAUAAAAUCUUUGUUGCCUCCAUCAAGCGUUGGCCCAUCACUUCUCUUCACCCCUUUGGAACUCUCGUUGAAAUGCUUGGUUCUGGCGAAGACUUUAACAUUGAAAUUGAGGCAAUUUUGCGUGACAAUAACUUCACUGCUAAUGUCUUCCCAGAACAAGUUGUUUCUUCUUUGCCUCCUCCUGAAGAUGAUGAGCUUAUUACUGAAGAAGAUGUUGAAACUCGCAGAGACUUUACCUCAGAGUUUGUGGUGGCAUUCUCUCCAUCAGGUAGCGACGAUUUGGUUGAACAAGCUGUUCAUAUUAAAAAACUUAGCGAUUCUAAAGUCGAGCUCGGUAUCCAUAUCACCGAUCUGACCCAUUAUUGCUUGGAAAAUUCCCCCCUUGACCGUGAGGCAAAGAAGCGUGGUACUUCGGUCUUUUUACAACAGCGUACCGUCCCCAUGUUCCCUUCAGAAUUUACAAAAUAUGUGUCUUUUAAGCAAUCAAAACGUUCUGCAGCCGUUUCUGUGGUUUUCGAAAUGGACCCUAAAACUUGUGAGAUUCAUGAUACUUGGAUUGGUGAAUCUUUAAUCACUCCCUCCAACGUUUUAACUUUUGAUUCCGUUUCUAAAAUCAUUCAAAAUGAAGAUGAGGAAGAAAUUGAUGGAAUCUCCCAAGCUGAAAUGGACUAUGUUAAAACCCUUCGCUUUGUCUCAAUCAUGUUCCGUCAACAACGUUUGGGUCUUGAUAAACCUGAUUUGCCUAUUCUCGGAUUACUUAACUAUGUCGAUGAUGAAAACGUUGUGGUUAAUUCAAACAUUUUCCAAGGAAGUGAGGUCCGCCAGGUUUUGGAUGAACUUUGCAUCAAGGUUAAUACAGCUGUUGCCCAAAAGGUUUUUGCGAUUCUCGGUGAUAAGGCUCUUUUACGUCGUCAUUCAGAUCCCAUUUUACAAAAAAUUGAAUCCUUUAUUGAAAGUGUUAAAAACCUUAACCUCGACAUGGACACUACCUCAUCUGCAACUAUUCAAAAGAGCAUUCUCAAUAUUGACGACGACGUUGUGCGCAAGGGUCUUGAAGCCCUUCUUUACAAGUGUAUGACACGUGCCCGCUACUUUGUUGCCGGCCGUGUCGAGCCUGACAACCAUGGACAUUACUUUUUAAACGUUCCUCUUUACACCCACUUUACCUCCCCGCUUCGUCGCUAUGCUGAUUUGGUUGUUCAUCGCCAACUCAAGGCUGCCAUAUCUGGAGCUGACUAUACUACUGACAUUGCAGAUCUUGUCAAUGUUGCUGACUCAUGUACUUUUAAGAAAGACUGUGCCAAGAAUGCCCAGGAACAGUCGAUCCACUUGGACGUGUGCCAAAAAAUUAACAAGCGUGCUGCUGCCACCGGUCAGCUUGUUAUUGACUCAAUUAUUAUCCAGGUUUAUGAAUCAGCCUUUGAUGUGUUGAUUCCAGAGUAUGGCAUUGAGAAGCGUGUGCAUGGUGACCAGCUGCCUCUACGUAAAGCCGAGUUUGACAAGAAGACAAGAUUACUUGAGCUUUACUGGGAAGGUGGUAUUGAUUCGGCAACUUAUAUCCCCGAUGAUGAAAAGAAUGUUACAUCGGGCCCCAUUACACGUGGCCGUGGCCGUGCCUCGAGUGCCGCAUCUGCCUUGGCUCAAGAACAGGCUAUGCUUAAAGACGGCCAGAUUGAUUUGUCAAAGCUGUCGCUCAAGACAGAAGAUGAGCUUAAGCAAGAUAGUGACAAGGCCGCUGCGACGACCAAAAAGUAUGAAGAUUCUGGUAAGAUUCUUGCACCGUUUUUUGAAAAUGUCACCACUCGUAUGGACAAUGGUGAGCGUGUGCAAGAGAUUCGUGUGUUGCAGCAUGUGCCUGUUCUUUUGAGAGCCAACUUAGGAAAGAGCAUUCCAUGCUUGACUGUGCGUGCCCUCAACCCUUUUACUAAAUGA